AUGGUCGCAGCAGAUCCGAUAUUUGAGGAAAAUGUUUCAGAGGAGCCGUCAUUUUCAGAUAACGAAUAUGGCUUUAAAGAAAAUGCAACUGAUGAAGAGUUAGUUGGAGAUGUAUUGCGCAAGAAGCCGUCUUUGAGUGAAUACGAUCAUUGUUGCAUAAUAGUUUCCGGCAUACCGAUUGUCGGUGAAAAUCGUUUAUCAAAGCUGAAGAGUGUACUUGGAAAAAUUUUUGGUCGGAUUCAUCCAGAAUUCAAUGAUUUCUAUCCAGUUGAUGAUAAUGGCUCUACAAAGGGUUACUGCUUUGUGGAAUAUCCUGGCAGUGAGAUAGCAGAGAAUGCUACAGCAAUAUUGCAUGGUUAUUUGCUGGACAAAAAUCACACAUUUUCGGCUAAUCUAUUUAAUGAUUUAAAUAAAUUCGAGAAACCGGAUGAAAAUUGGAAGCCGCCGGAAGCGCGACCAUACAACAAUAUUGGUGAUUUAUGGUCUUGGUUACAAAAUGAGAAAUGUUAUGAUCAGUUUGCUGUCCAUUAUGAGCGUGAUGCACAAGGUUCUAAAUAUGGCUCGACAUCUCCAUUUGUUGGAGUGUACGAAUAUCGGAAAGGACAAGAUCCAAUACCCUACUGGACCGAGACAGUAUUUAGGUGGUCUCCCAAUGGCACUUUCUUUGUAAGUGUUCAUCGAAUGGGUAUCGCAUUAUGGGCAGGGUCGAAUUUCGAACGUUUUGCUCGUUAUUCACAUGAAAAUGUUGUAAUGCUUGAUUUUUCGCCAUGUGAAAGAUUUCUUGUUACGUAUUCAUUGCCGGAAAAUCGAUGGGCUGACGAUACUAAUUCCUUGCGCAUAUUUGAUACUAUGACUGGAGAAAUGCGACGUGGUUUUUCGUUGCUAACCCAGGAAGGAUCCAAUGAAUUACCUUGCUGGCCAUGGUCAGCAGAUACUCGAGCUUUAGAACCGGAUGAAACGUAUCUGGCUUGUCCAGAAGCAAAUGGAUUUGUGGCAUGUCCAAAACCGGGUGGUAAUGGAAUUAAUGUGUAUGAAACGAAGAAUUUUACCUUAUUAGACAAGAAGCAUGUAAUAAUUGAGGGUUUACGAACUUUCCGCUGGUCACCAACGCGCCCUAUUCUUGCAUAUUAUUGUGACGAACGCACAUCAGAUAAUGCACCAGCGGAAAUUGGUUUAAUGGAAAUUCCAUCAAAAAAGAAGCUUCGUGCGCAACGAAUAUUUUCUGUAUCAGAGGCUGAACUUUUUUGGAAUAAAAAUGGUGAUCGAUUAGCCGCACAUACAGAACGUUAUCAGAAGAAAAAUAUCAAGACAUCUGCAAGUGGAUCCGUUGAGGAAAUUAAGUAUACGCUUGAAGUGUUUGAUAUCCAUUGUGUUACUUUAAAUAAACACUUUAUCAAAGCGGAAAUGGUAAUUGAACAAUGGAAAAAUGAUAAGCUUUGAUAUAUCACGGAUUAUUUACAGAAUCCGACUUCACACAUAGAAAUUUUCGAUGCACGUGGGAAAGAUAUAUCAGUACUUUCUAUGCCUCUCUCGGAAUCAUUCAUAGCAUUUGAUUGGGAACCAUCAGGUGAUAAAUUUUGCGUGCUUGUGGGAUCACAGCAUAAAUCGACUCCGCUUAUUUAUUACUUAGAUACGACCAAGCAUGCUCCCCAACUAAUAUCAAAAUUUGAACCUAUGGAACGCUUUAGUGAUGUUCUUUGGGCCCCAGCCGGUGGUUGGCUUGUUGUUUUUUCGGCUGCCACAGCAUCCGGCAACAUAAUGUUCAUUGACAGCAACGGAACGCGACCGACUCGCACAAAUUUAGUUGAAUAUCCAGGCUUCAAUAAGGGAAGCUGGGAUCCUACAGGACGGUAUUUUACAGCAGCAUGUACAAUUGGUGGUGGAAAAGGUGAUACGGGUUAUCGUAUCUACACUUUUCAAGGAAGAGAACUAUAUAGAAAGCCAUUGGACCGACUAAUGCAAUUCAAAUGGCGACCACGUUUACCAGUUAAAUUACCUGAUGAAAUUAUUAAGAUGAUAAGGAAAAAUUUGAAGACUACAUCAGCUAAAUUUGAGGAAGAGGAUAAAAUGGAACGUGGUAGAGCAACAAAGGAAGUGAGUGAAAAGCGCAAAAAAAUUAUGGCAGAUUUUGUUCAGAUUCGUAAUGCAUGCAUCAAGAAAUUGGCAGAAGAAGCAGAGCUACGCUUACAACUGAGAGGUGGCUUAGAUAUAUUGAAAGCAGACAAUGAAGACUUGGUAGAAGAGACUAUAACGGUGCCUUUAACUACAGAAAAAGUGAAACUACAAGAAGUAACAGUACCUGAGGAAUAG